ACGUUAUGCACGUUGUGAACCGUUUUUUGAUGAUGGUAAUCGUGAUAUCACCAAUCAUCCACGUACUCUAUUAUCAUUGACCUUCAAUGUUGCGCUCAAUGUGACUUUCCAUAACCACUAAAGAUAGAGGAUAGAGGGGCAACAACGCGAUUCCUUUGAUUUGCUUACUUUUAACAAUUAACGAAACUCUAAAACGUUUUUAGUUUGCAUUCAGCUGUCGAACCCGCGACGCGUGUGCACAAGUGCAUUCCACAUUAUUAUUCCAUUUUUUUUUAGCUUGUAGUGAUAAUUACUGCAGUCGAGAUGGCCCAAGGGAAAGGAGACAUUGGUUUAAUCGGUUUGGCCGUAAUGGGUCAAAACCUGAUCCUAAACAUGGCAGACCAUGGCUUCACUGUAGUAGCCUUCAAUCGAUCAAUUGAAAAAGUUCAUGCAUUUUUGGCUAAUGAAGCAAAAGGAAAAAGCAUUCUCGGCGCUGAAUCAAUCCCAGAUCUUAUAUCAAAACUAAAAACUCCCAGACGAGUUAUGUUGCUAGUAAAAGCUGGAGCUGCUGUAGAUAGUUUCAUUGAUCAGUUGGUUCCUCAUCUUGAAAAAGAAGAUAUUAUUAUUGAUGGCGGAAACUCUGAAUAUACUGACUCACAAAGGCGACACAAAGAAUUGCAAGCCAAGGGUCUUAGGUUUGUUGGAGCAGGCGUCUCAGGAGGUGAAGAUGGUGCCAGAUAUGGACCAAGUUUGAUGCCAGGAGGAAACAAAGAAGCGUGGCCUUAUAUUAAAGAUAUUUUCCAAAGUACUGCCGCAAAAACCGAUGGGCAGCCUUGCUGUGAUUGGGUUGGUAGUGAUGGUGCUGGCCAUUUUGUCAAGAUGGUUCACAAUGGUAUUGAGUAUGGAGAUAUGCAACUCAUUGGAGAAAUUUAUCAUCUGAUGCAAGCCAUCGGAAUUGACCAGGCGACGAUGGCUGAUACUUUUGCUGAAUGGAAUAAAGGAGAAUUGGACAGUUUUCUCAUUGAUAUUACCAAAGAUAUCUUGAGAUACAAAGAUGCUGACGGUCAAUAUCUUCUACCCAAAAUCAGAGACACUGCAGGCCAAAAAGGAACCGGCAAAUGGACAGCCAUCGCCGCCUUGAAUUAUGGCAUUCCAGUGACUUUAAUUGGUGAAGCAGUUUUCAGCCGAUGCUUAUCCGCUCUUAAAACCGAACGACAAACCGCCAGCAAGAUACUUCCUGGUCCCUCAGUACAGUUUUCAGGAGACAAAAAACAAUUUUUGGAAGAUCUCCGCCAGGCUCUCUACGCUAGCAAAAUAGUAUCAUACGCACAAGGCUUCAUGCUGUUACGUGAAGCCGCCCAAGUUCACAACUGGGAUUUGGAUUAUGGUUCCAUCGCUUUGAUGUGGAGAGGUGGAUGUAUUAUUAGGUCAGUGUUUUUGGGACAGAUCAAGCAAGCAUUUGAUAAAGAUCCUAAUCUUCGAUCACUACUUCUGGCACCGUUUUUCCUGAAUGCGAUUACAAAGUCGCAAACAAGCUGGAGGAAUGUUGUGUCUACAGCAAUUACUUUAGGUAUCCCAACCCCCGCUUUAAGCACGGCUUUGGCGUUUUAUGAUGGAUAUCGUUCAGAACGUCUUCCAGCCAAUCUUCUGCAAGCCCAGCGAGAUUACUUUGGGGCACAUACCUACGAGGUGCUUGGUAAAGAAGGUGCAUUUGUCCACACCAACUGGACCGGUCAUGGUGGCAACGUUUCAGCUUCAUCAUACAAUGCUUAAAAGAUUUUAUCAUAUAAAUUAUUUAUAUGUCUAUUUUUUCAAUGCUUCUAGGUUGUUUGUAGAUUAAGUCAUUCAAUACAGUAUUGUUUUAAGAA